AUGGUGGGAUUUGGACCUUAUGUGUUGCUACAUACGUUGGGCGAGGGCGAAUUUGGCAAGGUCAAGCUUGGAGUUCACACCGAGUUCGGUGUGGAGGUGGCCAUCAAAUUGAUCAGGCGUGGCAGUUUGGACGACGAAGUCAGGGCUAGUAAAGUGGAGCGAGAGAUUGAUGUUCUCAAAACAUUGCGACACCCCAAUAUCGUACGGAUGUUCGACGUGAUAGACACUGAAAAGUAUAUCGGUAUUGUCCUUGAAUUUGCCGGCGGAGGCGAGCUCUUUGACCAUAUCCUUGCCAACCGAUAUUUGAAAGAGAAGGAUGCUCAAAAGCUGUUCGCACAGCUCAUCUCUGGAGUCGACUAUCUGCACAAGAAGCACAUCGUCCAUCGGGAUCUGAAGCUCGAAAAUCUGCUCCUCGACAAGCACCGCAAUAUCAUCAUCACAGAUUUUGGUUUUGCGAAUCGUUUCAACCACGCGUCAGACGAUCUCAUGGCUACUUCUUGUGGUUCACCUUGCUAUGCUGCGCCGGAACUCGUCGUCUCAGAAGGCCUGUACGUCGGGUCCGCCGUCGACAUAUGGUCCUGCGGUGUGAUCUUGUACGCGAUGUUGUCGGGAUACUUACCUUACGAUGACGAUCCCAAUAACCCCGAGGGCGACAAUAUCAACCUACUCUACAAAUAUAUCAUGACCACGAAACUCAACUUUCCCGAUCACAUCUCUCCCCUUGCCCGACAUCUCUUACAAAUGAUGCUCGUCCCCAAUCCAGAACAUCGGUGUACCGUUCAGGAGAUUAUGGUUCACCCUUGGCUCUCGGCCCACGCC